AUGAAUAUCAAGCUUACCAAAAUGAUAAUGCAGAGCAAUUCAGAAAUGCCUUUGCAAAUCUUAUUUUUACUUAAUCCUCAAUUAAUUAUUUAAUCUUUUUAAUUACUAUUGCUCUCGUUAAAUGAAUUUUGUGUUAGAUUUAAAAAAGCAACCGCCUUUAUAAAAUUUUCUAUCUUUACUUCUUAUUAAACACUGAGUUAGUAAGCCAUACCCACCAAUAAGAGCAAGAAGCAUGGCUUGCAAACCUAUUCUUUAUGCACUAGUAGUGCUUAUCCAGAAAGCUUUUCAAAAUGGGAUAAAAUGACUGCUAAAGGCCCUUGCGCUUUGAAAGAAUUCCUCAAGCUUGAAACGGAACAUUAGUUAA